UACAUUUCCCAGAGCUCCCACGGGGCGAAGCGCCGGGAAGGCUGCUGAAAACCCUGGGGCAGCUCAUGGGCAGCCGCUCCUCUGUUUCCUGCAGUAGCUGUGCUUCCAGAUAAGGUCGACGAGGGACUUUUAUAACUUUUUUAAUGCUUCUGGAGAUAGCGCUCCUUCUGCAUAGAGCACAGCAGAGGCAGAUACCCUUAGGUGUUGAUUAUGGCUGUGAUCUAUCAAGCAGUGUAUAGAAGAGCUUCCUCUCUCCUCUGCAGGUUACACUCUACUUAUGUUAGGAAAAUGAGAUACUUAAAUGAGCUAAAAGAAGAUGACAGCUUUUGUAGACAAGCCCAGACCUCAGGAGCUUUCUACCUCUUUCACAAUCUCUCCCCCUUCCUGCAGAAAGUUGGGAGGAAAUAUUUGGUACCACAGCUAAGUGCAACAGAGAUGAAGAGGAUCCUGGAGAAAUUCAAAGAGACUGAACAAUGGAUAGAGAAGUCAGUGCUGAUCGGCUGUUCAGAUGAACACAUACCACACUUUGCCUUGGAUUUAGGCACCUUGGAGAAAUCGGUCAUUGAGUCUGAACUCAAGGGAUCAUUUACUGACUUACGAAAGGCUCUCUUUGUAGUAGAUGAGAAGGAUUCUCCUUUGCUGGCCUCGGCCCAGGGCCUUCUCCGGUGGCAUGAUUCCCACCAGUAUUGUAGCAAAACUGGACAGCCCACUCAGAAAAACGUAGCUGGCAGCAAGCGUGUCUGCCAUGCCAGUGGAAUAACUUACUAUCCCCAGAUGUCUCCAGUGGUUAUCACCAUGGUCUCUGAUGGGAGCCGGUGCCUCCUUGCACGACAGCCGUCAUUUCCUCCGGGGAUGUACACCGCUCUGUCAGGCUUCUGUGACAUAGGUGAAACCGUGGAGGAGACAGUCCGACGAGAGGUGGCAGAGGAGGUGGGCCUGGAGGUGGAGUCGUUCCGGUAUUCAGCGUCUCAGCACUGGCCACUUCCCAGUAGCUGCUUAAUGAUAGCGUGUCACGUGUUGGUGAGGGCACAGCAGACUGAGAUCAGUAUGAACAGCCUGGAACUGGAGGCAGCCCGUUGGUUUGGCCUGGAAGAAAUCAUGGAGGCUCUCAAGAGAGACCCCAGACCUUCAAAACAAGAGGAUGGUAGUUUUUUACCCUGGUUCCCUCCCAAGCAGGCCGUUGCUCACCAUCUGAUUCAGGAGUGGGUUAAGCAGCAGACUUCCCGGACAGCUUAGGCACAAUGACUUAAUCAAGUCUGCAAUUUUACCAAAAUUACAAAAGCUCUAUAUGAAAAACUCCAAGCUACUGAAGACAAAAUCUAUGCUACAGUGGGGAUGGCACUACACUGAUGGCUGUCUCACCCUAAGACACACAAGCCUACAAAGCCAUUUCUACCCUGAUCAUCCUCAUACAACCCCAUCUACAGUGGAUCGAUCACCUUUGAGAUCCCCAGACUUGCAAUUUAUACACAAUAAAAUUCUUAAUUCCAGAGCACCAAGCAUAUUGUGACCAGCUGCUGGUGUUGCCCACCAAGCAACAGCACAGUGGUCCCUGGCAGAGCUGUGUCUCACCUUUCUCCAUUUUACCCAUCUGGAAGUCUUGGAUGGAUAUUUGAACCUACAGUUUUUCCAGAAAAAAAAACUACGGGAGUGUGGCCUUUCAGUGCUGGCAUUCAUAUAGAUUUGGAAGAACUAUCAAAAACACAGUUGAAAAGCCACAGCUGGCAUGCUCUCCUUCCUCUGUUCCCCUUCCCAUUAAAUCUUCUAGUUUCAUAUAAAAAUAUCCUAAUCUUUUGCAAAUGCUAAAUGGGUUCUUACUUUUAUGAUAUAUCUGAACAGCUAAAAACAUCUCUGGAAGCACCACUUCCCCCAGCAGUAAGACAGAGCAUAAUAUUUCCAUCCCAAGGAAGAGCAAACAGAGCUGCCUGGUGGUAGGGAACAGAAGAGCAAAGCCUAAAUAUGAGCAUUUAGAAGACUCCAAAUAAUAGAAAGGUGAGAGAAACUGCUGCAAUAAAGGACUGCACUUCUGACAGAGAACAUUCCUGGAAGGCAUAACGCCUCUUACCCUGUGCCAACAGUCUGUGGCUUGCCUGGAGAGAGUUGGUCUUGUUUUACCAGUGAAAUGGCAUCACUUCUCUAGAGAGAGAAUGACAAAGACAGCCUGGGCAAGGAAAGCCAAGUUACAGAGACAGAUGGAAGGGUGUUUGAUCUGCUACCGAUUCAAGCUGACACUCCUUUCUGCCUGCUUGGCAAAGUUCAAAUGCCAAGAUUGCAAACCCAUCAGUACAGAUACUUGAAAGGGAAACAUGAAUAUAUCGUUGACUGUUAUCAUUAGGAUUCAUCGGAGGUGAACAAUGGUAAAAAUUUGGGGUCACAACAUCUGAUCAGUAAGUAAAAAGAGGGUUUUCUCACAUGUCAGGCAUGCUUUGUUUCCUCAGGUUAAUUUUACUUUAGGAGGAAAGGGAGGGGAUUCCUUCAGGCCAUGGUGGCAUGUGCAAGCACCUUUCCCAACAUCGCUAACUCAGCCAAUAAAAGCCACAUGCUGGAGCAUGCCUUUCAUGUCUAUGAACUAGAAUCCUGAUAAGAAUGUACUCAGGUACGGACAAAGGCAUUGCUUCCUCCCCUCAACCCAGCUAGAUAUACCUAAUGAGCCUACACACCAUUGAACUUAACUGCAACGCUCCUGCAUCCAGUUUUCUUUGAAAUGUGUCUUGCUGCCUCACUCUGUGGUAGUUCCUCCUGCUUCCUCUCCCAUCAUGUCAUUAUAAUUCUCCAACAUUUAUCUCUUUUCUCUCUCUGAUUUCUGGAAUCUGCUGUUCUCUUGUUUUCAGCUUCAUUCCUUUCUUCCCCUUGUCUGCAGUAGAAGAUUAAAGAGUUAGAUACCAACCAAUACUCCUGCUUCUCAUGCCCCUUCCUAGUUCUCCUUAACGCCUUCCCAACUUGCCCCUAGGUAUUUCACUAAUGCAAUCUGAGUAAUGUGCUUCCAAUGUAGGACUUCCACCUCUGUGUAUUUCAGUGUUUUUCUCUUUGAAUAUCCACACACAAUCUGCUCCCCCAGUAGCAGAGAAAAAACUAGGAAGUGAAAGGAGCAAAAAGUAGUACACGCAACAGAAAGGAGGAGUGGCUGUGUGACUUCUCCAGCAAUUUGAGCUUUUGAGAAUUUGAACUUUUACAGUGUGCAAUUCCUUGGAUUUUUUAUUUUGUUUUGUUUUUUAAUUUACAGCAGUGUUUGUCAAUCAGCUGUAGUGUGACCUGAUUCAGUAUUAGAGAAAAUUUAUCUGUGUUUGACUGGAAACACUGAGUUGCUCUGCUUAUCAAAAAGUAUUUUUUUAAUGUUGACACGCAACAUUAUCAGUGGGUGCUAAUUAAAAGAGAAAGAAUACUGACUGACUGA